UUGUCUGGUCCAAAGAAUAGGCAUGAGUUAUUACUACUUCAGAAGAACCUCGAAGCACAAGUUCAUAUAGAAAUCGAACAUUUCGUCUGAAUCACUUCAUCCAAACAACUCCCUAACACCGAACCGCCGAGAAGAUGGUAGUGAUAGAGCAGGAGAAGACCGACGAUCGAAACGCGAAUCUAUCAAACGCUACUGCCGGCAACGACGCCUCCGACGGCUUCGAAACCGCCAGUGAGGCCGAUCUCGAUAGCGACGGUGACGAAGGCGGAGCAAGCAGCCGAGAAGAAUUGCAGCACCGCGAGAAACCGCAGCAGCCGCCGAAGCGGACAGAGGGAGAACAAGGACAAGAUGUUCCUCAGAGAAGCAUUUCCUCCGAAGAUGCUUUGAUCAAUGAAGAUGAAUUGAGACAGAAAGCAUUGGAUGAAGCAAAUGAAGCAAAAGUAGAAGGUAACAAAGUCUUUGUAGAUGGGAAGUAUGAGGAGGCAUUAUCUCAAUAUGAACAUGCUUUACAAGUUGCACUAGACAUGCCUUCAUUUGUGGAAAUACGCUCAAUAUGCUAUGCAAACCGUGCUGUGUGUUUUUUAAAACUGGGAAAAUAUGAAAAUACAAUUAAAGAAUGCACAAAAGCAUUGGAGCUGAAUCCUGCAUAUGUUAAAGCUUUGGUAAGAAGAGGAGAAGCUCAUGAAAAGCUUGAACAUUUUGAAGAGGCAAUUGCUGAUAUGAAAAAGAUCUUAGAAAUUGAUCCCUCAAAUGGUCAAGCUAGGAAAGCCAUCCGUCGACUAGAGCCCCUUGCUGCAGUCAAACGAGAAAAAAUGAAAGAAGAAAUGAUAGCAAAAUUGAAAGAAAUGGGUAAUUCUGUCUUGGGACGCUUUGGGAUGAGCGUUGACAACUUCAAAGCAGUCAAAGAUCCAAACACUGGUUCCUAUUCUAUCUCAAUGGAACGCUAAAUUUUGGUGAGCAAGGUCAUAAUAGUAAGCAAGAAAGAGGCUGUUUAAAAUGAUAAUGGUUUGAGACUUUGUUGGCAUCAAGUCAUUAGAAGAAUACAAAGGUUAGCAAUGUAUCUUCAAAAGGGCGUUUUGUGAUUGAUUCGUCAUGUCAAGGAGACUGAAACUUCCUGCUUACAGUUAAUGUGCUAUAUAGGUUUUAGAACAAUCGAAUUGUAUUCAUCAAAUUGAAUAGUUCAUAUGAUUCCAUUGUCUAUUGGGAAAUGCGAGGAACACAUCCUCUGAUAGUCUCAACACUAUUGGGUAAAAACUCAUCUAUUCCCACUAUUAGAGUGGUGUCGGGUUCUAAUGGGACAGACAUGGGAGAGAAAAUGUUGAACAGAGUGUUAAACAGUAUAGUGUGAUGUUCCUUGUGGCUUAA